CGGUUCUCUGCUAGUGCUGCGGAUUGGACUCACGGCCCGGGCGUGAUGGUAGUGGGCACGGGCACAUCGCUGGCGCUGUCCUCUCUCCUGUCCCUGCUGCUCUUCGCCGGGAUGCAGAUGUACAGCCGCCAGCUGGCCUCCACCGAGUGGCUGACCAUUCAGGGGGGCCUGCUUGGCUCUGGCCUCUUCGUCUUCUCUCUCACUGCCUUCAAUAAUCUGGAGAAUCUUGUCUUUGGCAAAGGAUUCCAAGCAAAGAUUUUCCCUGAGAUUCUCCUCUGUCUCCUUUUGGCUCUUUUUGCAUCUGGCCUCAUCCACCGAGUCUGUGUCACUACCUGCUUCAUCUUCUCCAUGGUUGGUCUGUACUACAUCAACAAGAUCUCUUCCACCCUGUACCAGGCAACAGCUCCAGUCCUAACACCAGCCAAGGUCACAGGCAAGGGCAAGAAGAGAAACUAACUUUGAAUGUUCAAUAAAGUUGAUUCUUU